AUGACGGCGAAAAUGACCACUUUGGACACCAGAAAGCAACUCUGGAUUCCAGCCCCUGACAGCCCCGGAACACUUUUCUGUACCCCAGAGUCGUUGAUCAUCUUGAACGAGUCGAAGACCUGUGGUAAGGCUUGCUAUUUGGGUGGCUUGAAGCUUCAUGCUCCGCUGGCGGCUGCCAAGUAUAAAGUCCUCGACUCAUGGGGACAUCCACAGGGCAAACCGAGCAAACCGAGCAAAUUGAACAAAAAUACUUGA